AUGGCGCCCAAGAAGGGUAAAGAGUCCCUGUUGGACCUCUGUAGCCGAGCAACCACAUUGGGAAACAGUGUGUCUGUGCGCAUGCUUGAGUAUCUCAGCACCGUCAAGGAGCCUCCGCAUGGGUUUCGUGAGCUUGCGACGAACUUCCUCGACAUUUGCCGGGUCAUGUGCUCCAUCGAAGCAGGACUGUCCGAGGCUUCGCGGGCGCACAGCCAGUUCCCCAAUGACAUGCAGCAGGAACUGGACAAGAAGUUCCGUCAGGCCAAUGAUGACUUCAUUGUCCUGAACCAGAUGCUUGUCAAGUUCCUGGAGUAUGAGAAGAAGGGAGGCCUGGGGAAACUCAGAAAGGGAUGGCACAUGAUGUUCGCCGACACGGACAUUCACAAGAUGAAGGAUUCGCUCGCCAGGAGCCGCGAUGCGCUCGGCAUGAGCGCCAUGGUGUUCCGAUGGUAUCUCGGCGACGCAAAGACGGAUGCCUCUGUCGGCAUCGGAUAUACGGGUCUUGCAGCUGUCCUCGAGCGCAUGAAUCCCAGCGUCAGGCACACUCCGUCGACCAGUGUUAGGCCUACUCUUCCUCCUCCUCCUUUUUCAGAAGCACCUAACCUUCUGCCACCUCUACCGGCCAUCCCAUUGACGGAGAGAACGUCAGAGUCCAACUUCCUUCCUCGGCUCGGCGAGGAUCCCGAUACCUUGACCGCGAUCCCCCAGAGACAGAGUUUCAGCCGACCAGCACCCAGCACCAGGUCCAGCAAACUCACGAUAAACUCCGCUACCAGGGAAAGGGAACAGCAAAUGCAGAGCAGCGAGAGUUCGCGAACCGAGAUCCCGGUUGAAGAUCAUGUCUCCAUCAAAACGGCGGACUCAUUUGCCCAGAUCGAGGAUAUGAUACACGAGAUCGGACUGGAUAAGCACUCUUCCCCUACGGCUCGGAUGAAGGCCGACCCUGCCACAGUUCCAAGAUGGACACCGAAGCAAACGUCUGGGGCCAACUCCGCUGCUCUCAAAUCGUCGUUGCUGAAUGCCGUCCAGCAGAAGAAGCACAAGAUGAUUGAGCAACUGCUGGACUGCGGCGUCCCUCCUGACGGCGACAAUGGCGUCAACCUUCUCCGGGAAGCGGUCCUUCACCAAGACGUCGAGACAGUCCGACUGUUACUCCUCUUCGGGGCCGAUCCCAAUGGCCUCGACAAGAUCAAAUUCAGUCCUCUGUUGUCCGCGACAGAGCUGUCGUUCCUUGACGCCGCAAAGUUGCUUCUGAAAUAUGGGGCCGAUCCUAAUUUGCCCGCCGGUCCCGAUGGAGAGUGUCCCCUCGCAAUGGCGGUCAUGGAGAACAAGCUUGAGUUCGUGCAACUCUAUCUCACAUAUGGAGGAGAUACCAACCUCAACACUGCGGAGGGCAACACCCUUCUCGUCAAGGCUAUCAACAAAACCAAUCCGAAGAAGUUAGUAGAGCUACUGGUCGACUACGGGAGCGAUGUGAACGGGAAGAAUAGCGAGGGCGAGACGCCGCUUUUCACGGCGAUCGAGGCGAGAAGAGUUGAUAUCAUGAUCUUCCUCCUCGAUCACGGGGCCGAUCCCAACCUGCCUGGGCCCAAGCACCUUUUGUGGCCGUCAACUUACCAGCCGAAAGCGCUCCAGCUGCUGCUGUCUCGCGGAGCAGAUUUCAAAAAGUGUCCGGGCAUUCUAGAACUUGCCACGAGUAUCAACAACCUGGAGUCAGUGACGACCCUGCUGAAAGCCGGCGUCGACGCCAACGCUAAGAAGGACGGAGUAUACACACCACUCUGUACUGCUAUUCGUGACAACCGGGGAGAACUUGUUUCGCUCCUCUUGGCCAACGGAGCUGAUCCAAAUUUGAUGGCGUCGGAAUAUCCAGCCUUCAAGUGUGUGACUCACAACCGCACCCAUCUGCUUCCCCAGCUUGUUGCUGCGGGCGCGAACCUGCACAAACCCAAAGGCAUCCUCGAGAAAGCAGUGGCUCACAACAACAAGGAUGCGCUCAUGUACUUACUUGACCAGAAAGUCAGCCCCAACGACAGAAGUGCUGAAGGCUAUACACCUUUGACAACAGCAAUUCGUGAUGAGCGACUUGACUACAUCGACAUACUUCUAGCCAACGGUGCAGACCCCGGGAUCAGAGGUCAGGAUUGGCCCAUUUGUAUGGCGGUGAAAAGGCCCGAGAUUCUUCGCAAGCUUUUACCUUCUCUCUCGAAUCCGAGAGCGGUCAAGGGUGUGGUGGAGAUGGCCGUGGUUGCAAACCAGCUCGAAAGCAUCAAGCUCUUGCUGAAAGCCGGUAUGAAUGUUGAGGACAAGAAUGGCGGUGUUUUCUCUCCUCUGACGACGGCCAUUCGAGAAGACAGAAAAGAAAUUGUUCGAUACCUGCUCGACGAAGCUGGUGCCGAUGUCAACGCCCCGGGGGAGCAUUUACCCAUCAUCAAGGCCAUCCGCAGAUAUCGCAACAACGACACCGAGGUCAUUGAGAUGUUGCUUGCACGAGGAGCCGAUAUCAAUCUCAUGUACCGCGGCUGGAACGCAGUCCUCCAGGCAGUGGAAAAUGGGGACUCGAAGAUUUUGAAACUGCUCGUCGAGAGGGGUGGUGGCGUGGACCUGGAAGCUAAAGACGAGGCCGGGAGGACAGUGAUGGACAUUGUGAACGGACGGGGCUGGGACGAAGCUGUGACCAUCUUGCUGGGCGGUGGAAGUCCGUGA